AUGGAGGUACCACGUCGUUUUGAUAUUUCAGAGAAAGCGCCUGAGAAUGAAGGACGAGGAGAUUCCAAGCCCCUCCAAACUUAUCGGGAAUCAAAGCCUGCUGAUUGCGCCAAGAAUGCAGCGGAAGCCCACGCCUUGGACCGACUUGCAGUUAAACCCGAGAGCAAACCGCUCCCUCUAGAGAGCGUGCAUGAAGCGGCACAAGAAGAACGUCACGAAUCGUCAUUCAGGUGUUCUGAGUUGACUUCAAUGACAACUCCACGUUUGCGAAGCGAUAAGCCCGAGAGAUCUUUUGAGACAGAAACGCUAGUAAAGGCCGGCAAAUUGGACUCUGCUCGGAAGUCUGAGGAGCCUGUCCAAAAACGUGAUCAGUUUGAACGUACCUCCGUCACAAAACAAGACUGCGCUGCGAAGCGAAUACCCGAAAAGCAAGGUCAGGGAGAUUUGAAGGAAGUUGAAUCUCUACGUUUAGAGUCCAAGUCCGAGAAAUUACAGUCCGAGAUAAAGUCACAGAAAGCUGUCGAGGAUAAGGAUCGACUGGCAAAUAACUCGGACAAGCAAUCCAAUUGCCCUCCGCAACAAUUGCUCAGGGAAGAAGAGCGAGUGGACUCAAAGCCCUUGGAAGUUGCGGGCAAAGCAAAGCAAAAUCUUGAGGGUUUCAAAGCUGUCUCAAGCCAUCCAAGUGAACGACAAGGAGAUGUGCCUGAGCAAGCUUGCAUGAAAGAUGAACAAAUGAACACGAAGGACUCGCAAUCCCCCAAGAAGUCACCUGAAAACAUUCACAAUGGGAAGACCCUCAAGAGCCCCUCCGACAAAUCAAUUCCAUCCUCUGAAUCGCAAUCGAGCAGCAGCGAAGGUUCAGAGAGUGGCUCAUCAACUCUUGAGAGUGAUUCAUCUAGUCCUUCAUCAGCUGAGGUCGUCAUUGCGACCACGGCUUUGAUGAUGAAGGAUGACGAAGGACCAAUGGACAAGGCCGCACUGCGAACAAAAAAUGAGCAAAAUGUGAAUGACAUUGAGAUAAAAAAACCUACAAUACAAGUGACUGCAGCGCACAAGCUUCUAGCGCUCGGGAAGGUCUCAGGGGUAAUGGAUAAGACGGUCAUCAUCAUGAGCACAGAAGCUGAGAAGGCGAAGUCCUCCGGUAUGCCUUGUGUUGAAAGCGAACGGGAUAUCGCAGAGGCAUCUGCGCUUGACUCUGGUUCGAUUGUGUGCUUCGGCGAUAGAACUGUCCUCGGUGAGAUAUUCGAGACCUUCGGCCAAGUGAGGUCUCCGUAUUACAUUAUUCGUUUCAACAACGAAGAAGAAAUUUCCGAAGUGAACGCUAAAGUGGGACGGGAUGUGUUCUACGUGCCGGAGCUUUCAAAAACUGUUCGUGCAAAGGAUGUCCACAUAAAAGGGUACGACUCGAGCAACUUUUUUGACGAGGAAGUCGGAAAUAAGGAGUUUUCUGAUGACGAGGCCGAGGCCGAGGCCCGCCGUAGUCGCAAGCGUGCGAGGCAAGGGGGGUUGCCCACAUCUCUAUCAGCGAAAUCUAUACAACGGGGCGCAGUGACACCGAAGAGGUUUAUGCCGAGGCAGCGUCUUCAGAAUGAAAAACAAGGUUGGAGGACGAGGUCGCAAUCUGCGUAUGUACCUGGCCGUGGAGGGGACGGCUUUAACCCAAAUCUAGGACCGACAGCUCCUCACAUGAGUAUGAGCGCGACCGGAGCUGCAGCUAGUAACGGAGCCUUCCAUCGAGGACAACCGAACCAUGGAAGCUGGGGAGGGCAACGUGGCAAUGAGUUCGAGAAUAGAAUGGUGAAUGCGGUCCAUCCCCCAAAUGCAAUGAGACAUGGGAAUGCGAGAGUCGCACCUAACAAUGCUUAUUCCAACAGCAUGUACACGCCCUCAGCCCUAAUGCACCAACCGGGAGCCCCAUGGGUCAAUGGGGGGCAAACGUAUCAAGGAUCCCCUAAUUCAGCGAUGGUGCCGCAUGGUCCAUAUCCUGGAGGGAGAGUACCAUUCCCCGCCCCGAAUGGUUUUCUACCCUACAACCAGCCUCCUACGCAGUUCCAAGGUACCCCAAUCCCUCCAUCGACAUACUCCCCGCAAUGGGCUGGGAUGGGAAACGCGCAUCCAUCGUCAAGUAUUCAGGGCCAACCGCUCCAAUAUCCAACAGGGCCAAACUCCCAGAUGUAUCCCUCUGCUCCAAUAAUUUAUCCCCCAGGUGCAUACAACUACCCGCAGUCAUCCUUUGUCCCGGAGACGCCUCCACCCAACUUCCCAGCACCUGCAAAUGACUUUCCGAGACCUCCACACAAGUAG